AUGGAAAGGACACCAGUCAGCACUCAGUUAAGAGAUUUAUUUCCGACUAUUGGUACGAGAUCAUUUGGUGGAAAAUCUUCUGAAAGCAAAUCUAGUAAAGGUAAACGACCUCCCCCCAAAAAACCGAAGAAAGAUAUAGUGCAUAAAGAUAUAGUUCUUCUUCCUUCUCCUGACACGAAAUCAGUUCCCACGCACGAGACACGAUAUCGAUUGGAAAACAACGGUUUUGUUGUUCAUGCAUUUCCAGUAGAUAAGUCUCUACAGGAGGAAGAUCUGAGAGCUCAAAUAAGAGAGGUAUUCCCAGCUCUUAAAGAAACAGACUUUGAAUUUGUGAAGGCGCGCUAUGGCCAAAUAAUCACACCAAAGUUAGCUACAGGUGUGUAUUUCUCAUCUUCCCGUGUUCUUAGCCUUGCUGGGCAAGGGAGCAUAUACAUUCGACCAGCGCAUGAUAUCUCUGGCAACCUUGCUAGCGACAUUGACAGUCCUCCCCAGAGUCCAGACCCAGUUCAAGUGGAAGUUGCUGUUGACGAAGCAUAUAGUGGUCCUUCAAAUGCUUCAUACCUUUCCGUCACUGGCCCAUCAAGCAGUGCAACAGCAUCUAGCAGUGCAAUACAUGUAAACCAGGAAGAGUUAGACCAAUUAAGAGAGAUGUUUCCGGAAAAAAACAGCAGCUUGCUGCAACGUGCCUUAACCUGCCGUGGGAGUGUUAGUCGUGCUGCUUUUUCCCUCUCCUCCCAAAAUCUUCCUGAUGAAAUUGACUCAGAUGAGGAUGCUGAUGCAGAACUUUUAAAGCCUGCUUUUCCAGCUAAAGCUGAUUCCUUGGAGGCAGUGUUGAAGGAGCUUCAGAAAGGUUUGAGUACACAGAAACAAAAGCUCAGAGUUGAUGAAGAAGAUAUCUUUAGUGAUGCCAUGGUAUACUAUAAAGAUCCCAGCUUUGAUCCUAGCAAGCCCUUACGAGUCCUUUACACAGGGCAGCCUGCUGUGGACACAGGAGGAGUAACCAGACACUUUUUUAGCCAACUUCUCCAAGUCAUAUGUAACAUGUUCUUCCAUGGUGACAGUUACAAGCAUCCAGUUUACAAUGCUGAUAUUGUUGCUUCUGGUAUGAUGAAAUACAUUGGGACAAUUAUAGUGCACAGCAUUUUGCAAGGCGGGCCAGGGUUUCCAGUCUUUAGCCCUUCAGUGUAUCAGUACCUUGCAACAGGUGAUGUUGACGCGGCAAUGAUGAUGCUGAAUUAUGGAGACUGUUCUGCAUCUGUGAAAGAUUUCAUUGACAAGGUAUUGUAUAAAUGAACAGUUAAAUGAUGUGCUCAAAUGUAACAGCAUACUUGCUAUUUUUAGUUCACUGUACGCGAUGAAUAAAUCAUUAUAUUUGGUCGAAUGUAAAAGCAAACUUAAAAAAUUCUCUUUUCAUGACUGUCUGCUCAGCCAUAUGUACCAGAUUGAUUCUCCUAAAAAAAAAUUCCAAAUAAUUUCUGAUCCAACUACUGAUGUGUCAACAGCUUCUACUGAGGUAUAGCACGUAAAUAGAACGAAUGGGCUUGACAUCCUAGCGGCUAUAUUCAUGUAUCAUAAUCUACAUGCACCAACCUGAGUCCCACAGGACCAUAAGUGCACAGAUGUAUGUUCAACAGAUUGACAUGCAUGUCCUAACAGAAAUGCAAGGAUUGACCCAUAGUUUUUAUCAACUUACAGGUUGCUCAGGCCAAAGAUGUCUCGACACUUGACCAAGAAGAAUGUGCAAAUUUCUUGUCGGAUUGUGGCCUGGCAGUAUUAACUGUAAGCCUAAUCUUAUCUUAAUUGAUUCCUUUUAUUAAAAAACUGCUUUGUGACAGAACUGUAAAAGCAUUUUUCAAAUUGUAUUUUCUAUUCAUAGAAUGACAACAAAAUGAGGGUUAUCCAAGGGAUGAUAAUUCAUGAUGUCAUAAGCCGACCCAAAAUCGUCUUGGAUCAGCUGGGAGAGGGAUUGGCUGUACUUGGCUUUCCUGCCAAAAUGAGAGAGUACCCUGAGAUGUUUGAGGAGCAUUUUGUGCCAAGCAAUAAGAGUAGGUUAACUUCAACUCAGCUGGUUGAUAUGCUAGAGUUUCCAGCUGAGAUAUGUGAAAAUGACAGAAUUGUAGCGAAUUACCUUAAACAGUUCCUGCAUAAUGCAGAAGUUGAAAUGUUGGAAAAUUUUGUCUUUUUUGCCACUGGGUCCACUUCUCUGCCCACCUUUGGGCUUGCUAAAAUCAAGAUUAAAUUUGACAACACUUCUUCCAUUUUUGCUUCCACGUGUUUACUUUCAUUAACUCUUCCAAAUCACUUUGAAAGCGAAGAAGCUUUCAGUUCAUCGCUGAAAGCAGUCAUUGCUAGUUCUGCAAGGAAAUCGUUUAACUGUGUGUGA